UUUUGGCUGAACUCCAAUUUUACACCUAAUUCACUAACAUUGUCCUUGCAAACUCAAAUACUUUUAAGCCAUGCAAUCCACUAAUGUCACAGAAAUCUAUUAUAACCCACCUCACUAUAGUUACACACCCACAUUUCAAUCCAUUAAUAGAAUCCCUAGUCCCUUUAAUCACCUUCAAAUUGGUCCUCCAAUUCAAGAAUUCAAUUCACAAACAACUUAUUUCAACUAUAACAAUUCAACCUGUGAUGAAAGUGAUGAGCAACUACUCAUGUCUCUAAUAAAUGAACGAAAACAGAGAAGAAUGAUAUCUAAUAGAGAGUCCGCAAGGAGGUCGCGCAUGCGCAAACAGAAGCACUUGGACGAGCUAUGGGCACAGGUUAAUUGCCUGCGGAAUGAGAAUCACCUGCUCCUGAACAAACUUAAUCACGUCUCUAAGAGCCAUGACCAAGCACUUGAAGAAAAUGCUCAACUCAAAGAAGAAACUUCUGGACUUCGUCAAAUGGUUACUAAGAUGCAGCUCAUGAAUGGCCCUAAUUAUCCUUCUUUAAAAGAUCUUGAACUUGAUGAUGAUGAACCUUGUAGUGGUUCAUCUCAAAAUGAAUAGCAAAUUUAGUAGUCAUAAUACAUAGACGCACCUAUUAACAUAAAUAGGUAUGCAUAAAUAAGUACUUGAACAUAUGUAAAAUUGAAAAAGUAGAUGCAUGCAUUCUAUAUGGCAAUUCACAUCCUACGUCUGACAUCCUACGUGUAUUAUGCCAUAUUGAACAUAUGUGUCUAUUUGUUCAAUUUUAUAUAAGUUUAAAUGUCUACUUAUGUACAUCCAAAAUUGAAAGCUAUAAAUAUCAACUAAAUCCAGGUUAAAGUGCACGUUUAUGUUGAUGUAUUAUGCCAAGUUAUAAGGUCCUCUAAAUAUUAUGCAUGUUGGCA